AUGAAUUUAUAUCGUUCGGUAUGGGUACCAAAUGAAGAAAUAUACCGAUUUAACGCCAAUAUGUCAGAGAGCGAGGACGAAACGCGUCAGCGACUUAAGGCGGCCGUACAUUACACGGUCGGCCGGAUGUGCCACAAAUUGGGCGAAGAACACCGCAGAGAGUUUAGCCGACAAGUGGUAGCGGCCAUAGCCGAGACAGCCUUCAGACAAUGCGAUAUAUUUGCUAAAGACUUAGAAGCAUUUGCAAAACAUGCUAAAAGAUGCACCGUGUCAGCAGAGGACGUAAAACUUUUGGCACGUCGCAGCACCGCACUGGUGAGUUUUCCCAAUCAGAUAUUUAUAACAAUGCGCCACCUCUCAAAGGAUGCACAUUCUCCAACACACAAAAUGUCUUGUUUGAAUUCCCUUUAUUUCAGUCAGUGCACAUACAGAGGAAAAGUGAAGAAGUGGAACAAGUGCACAAGGCUUUGAAAAAGAGGAGGAAGAGUAAAGAAACUGACAAGAACAGAGAAUAAGACACAGGCACUUCUGUCAUCUUCAUUCUUGCCCCAAACAUUCUAAUAAACAUGUCAAAAAUUCAUUUUGGUAAUCUUGGGGGGGAGGUGUAGGCAGGAUUUUCACUGCAAAAGGUUCAAGUGACACAAUUCCAAUGUUUGUUUAGUUUUUGUUGUCGAGUGGCACAAUUGGGAUAUGCGUCAUGAUAGCGUAAAUGGGGGGCGACAAAUGGAAUCGCAAAUCUUAAGAUCACACCACUUCAAAAUGUGGCUAAAAAUCAGAUGAGCAUCAACCAUCUGCCAGUGCGGUGUAAACACACAAACGCAUAAAAAAAUAAACAAAAUUCCUCUAAACUACAGCGAAAGCAUAUACAAUAUGCUCUAAAUAUGCUACAUGAGGUGUGAGUGUGAGAUUAAAUAAGCAAAAACAUUUCAGACAGCAGCCAGUGGAGUAAUGUGGAGAUUACCCACAUGUAAAUCAAUGGGACGGCUCUUAAUUGCAACGUUCCUCGCGUUUCGCUCCUUGACGCUUCGACAGUGACCUGAAAGUUACUGACACGCCGCCUUAUUAGGAGUAGUACAAGGGCCUCGUCGGAAAGUCAAGUCAUGUAUUUUGCUGAGUGUUUUAAUUUGGGCAGUAUUUAAUAAAAUUAAUUUCAUUGGCUUGUUGUUACUAUGUAAUUAAAGUCUAAUUAAGAUAUCUUUAUUGUCAUUCCAUGUAAUCGAUAAGCAACAUAUCAACACUGUCUACAUAUUUGCAAGUCACCACAAAUAUGUGUUUUGGGGGCGGGUGCCGGGGAAGCCCACUCACGAUUGGAGUCAAGAGUAACAGUGUUGAUCAUUUAAGUUGAACACGUGUUGCAAUUGGUAAUAUUACAUCCAAGGAGACAACUGAAUUCUAACACGACAAUGACAAGACGCCAUCUUUAAUUGCCGUCUCCGUGAAAUGAUAGAGGAGCGGACGUCCUAUUUCUCCAAACAUUCGCCCCUACUUGCUUCUGUUCUCCUUGAUGGGAUUCCUGGUGGGAGGCAACGACAAACAUAGGAUCGAGGUUGCAAAUAUAAUAAGAUUUGGCUCAUGUGUUCCGUCCGUAUAAACAUAACUUUGUUUGUCAACUGAAAUAUAUACCUAGGAAGACAUAUUAGUGGGUAAAAAUAUUUUUAGUCCCACCACCGAUUCAAUAUCAAUUCGCGACUCCUCUGAAUCAAUGAAAUCUUUUUAGGUGUUUGUACAGAUGUUUUUUUUUUUUUUUUUUUUACUUUUGUACCCCAUAUGGACGAACAAGGUAUUGUGCAAAAUAUUUUCCCCAGACGUUUUACUGCUCAAAAAUGUAAAGUGGCAUACCAUGUCUGUUCACAUGGGCAUAAAAAUACACAUUUAAAAAUUGUCAACAUGUAUCGUAAUCGUGCAUUUCUACAUCAUACUGAAGCAGUUACGACAAUAUCGAAUCGCAAGCUAAAGAAUCGAAAUCCAAUUGUGAGGUUCUUAAUAUCCUGCCCAAAACACAAAACAGAAAUAUCAAAUCGGAAUUGGGUACUUAGAUCUGCAAUGUAAAUCAUGUCUUGCUGAUGCAUUGGCACCAGCUCUAUUUGAACUAGUCAGGUACCCAUACUCAUUGAUGACAUUUUACAUCACACAUACCACCAGUGACCAUUCCCAGUCGUGAAAUUUGCCAGGCAUCAUCCAAUCACCAAGAGUAUGAAAACAAAGACCCUGUUAUCCAAACAUUUGCAGUGUUGCAUCAGAAACUCUCUUACGCCAUACAAGCAGAGGGAAAAAGCACUCUCUCUCUCUCUCUCUCUCACAAGCUAAGAAAGUGAGCAAAAAAGACAGGUACUACCCCGUGUCUGAGAAGGCCACACACUCAAAGUGUUGGAACUUCCGUCUUCGUCCUUCAGUCGGGGUUCAAAUGGAGACCUCGACCAGCGGAGCCCAAGGUCCCUAGAUGUGUGAAUCGAAUUAGUUUCUUUAAUCCCACGCAAGUAAUAUCAACUAAACAAUCUAUUCAAAUGAACUUUAUUAGACAACUCCCUUCCUUUGACAUUUUUCCCAAACACUUCACAAACAUCAAGAUCCUAUAUAAAAGGGGGGGGGGGGGGGCAUUAGGACACCACUCCAUGUUCUCACAUCACACGUGUGUGUGUGUCCCAGGGUUUCAUCAGUCGACGUCAUCCACAUCAAAAUACACACGUACAGAUCAGUCCAGGAACAAGGAACAGCACACACCAUACUGCAUUCAAAUCAGAUUAUAGAAGCAUUACAAAGAGCACAACACUCCACUACAUUUUCAUGUCGACACAUUAAGAAUAAAGGGAAAAUAUUGCAAAGAUUGAAAAGGGGGUGGGGGGAAUCUUUUGACGUACUAAUCAAAAGGAUGUCCACGUUUAAAGGGUGGGAGGCGCUCGUAGCAUCUGUCGCUUCCACUCACACAUUCAUAGAAAAUCAGUCACAUUUUGGGGGGUGGGGGGGCGUUCACCGCACAAGCAGUCCUCAGUCCGCUCACUCACCAACCGCUCCACUCUUCGCCACAAGCCAUCCGCACUCAUCAGUUUCCCCCCCGCAUCCAAAAAAUGUCACUUGCGCAGUUCUCUCUUCCAAUCAUAAGUGGAUUUAAAAAAAAAAAAAAAAAAAAAAAAGUGAAAACACACCCACCGUCUCGUGAGAACAUGCGGAGUGAAGCCGUUGUUUGAUGGCAUAGCAUUUACACAGGCGGGAAGAGGGAGAGUGAUUGCGCUUAUCGCCCCCGCCACAAUGCUGCCAUAUUGGAGCUUCCUCGCAGGGAAACGGAAGAGAGGUCAACUGCAGAAGAGAUUUCAAUGAAGGCUUUUGUCCACUGUUGACUGCAAAUAAAGGUUGCACUUUAAAAAAAAAAAAGAAAAGUUUCAACCAGAUUCUCCCCAAUGCAAGAUUGCCUAAAAAUGAUGACAUAGCUGGAUAAUGGCGAACCACAAACAUUUUUUUUCUUCAUCCUAAAUCAUGACAGUACACAAUACACGCAUUAGAGAAUCCAGUUGAAAUUGAUAAAAAGGAGACACGGGGGAAGAAAAAAAAAAAGCACUUCAGCCACAAGUGAGUAUUUCAGGGGUGUCCAAACAUUUUCUUUCAAGGAUUCCUGUACUGAAAAAUCAAAAGGAUGCUAGGCCCACUUAAAUUCUUCACUAAGUUUAUUUAACACGCUAAAACCAAUCAAUCGGUGUAGGUAAAAAUCUGCGUUGGAAUUAUAUCGUGUUUAAUGGAUUGUUUAUUUUUAAAAAAUAAAUAAAUUUUGAAAGUAGGCGAUGGAGCAAAAAGUCAAGGGUUUUUCAAGUUUUUGCGUGGCCAGCGACUCUGAAUCCCACUCAUACAUCAGUCCCUGUACUGAACAGCAGCAGCAGACUAACAUCUCCACUUUCCAAACCAAAACAGGAGCAAUCUGUACUAAGCUUACCAUGACACGGACCAGAAAGUGGAGCAAACAAUUGCGAUUCUGAGGCAUGCCUUACCGAAUGAUGUCAUUGGUAGAUAUCAAGGAAGUGAGCGAUGAGAACAAAUUGUUUCUCCUGCCUUGCCUUGCAGUGUAGAAAGAAGUACAAUACAAGCAAAUAUUGGCCAUGUCAAUUGUUAAUUUUUGUAUAUGCCACGGAGUCCCCAAAAAAAUAAAGCAUGGUGGGCCGCAAAUGUUGCAAAUGCUCCCAGGCAGCAGUUUGGACACCCCUGCUCUAAAUGAAAGCUAUAUUUUUUUCUCUAAAUGUACAAAAUAUCUUCCACAAAAGGUGUUGUUCAGAGACGCAGACACCCAAAUAAACGUGAAAAGACUAAACUCUUUCUCACAAUACUUACCGCACGCGCACACUUCACUUUUUUUCUCUCUCUCUUUUUUCUUUUUACAUACCCCACCCGGACGACUUUGACUCCAUGCUGGACCCAAACCCUGAGCUAAACCCGCUACCGCCGCUGGUGGAGUUUGCGCCCGUUCCCCAGCCCAGGCUGGCCGAGCCGGCGCCGUAGUUGCUGUUGCCCGCACUGAACGACUGACUCUGGUCUCGACUGGAGCUGGUGCCGCUGGUGCCGCUGGCCGACGUGGACGACUGCUGCUGGCUUGCCAGCAUGCCCAUCAUCCCCCAACUGCUCUGCAAGGCCGCCUGCGCCGCCGCCAUCAUGGCGGGGUUUAGGCUGAAGGAACCGAAGUUGGCCAUGUUACUGUUGGUGCUGCUCCCCAUGCCGCUACGGCUGGCCCCAAACGCUUGGGCGCCGAAGCCGUUGCCGAAGCGCCCGGUGCGGUCAAACUGCCUGUUGCCGUGUUUGGGCUCUGCGUUUGA